AUGAAUAGUUCUGCAAAUUGCGUAAAAGCAUACGAAGCGGUAAUCAAAAUGGUUACACAUAGAUUCAACUCCAAAGCAGUCCGCAAUUACCAUCAGCCACAAGGUUUGAACAGGACUUUGACAACCCGCAAUGCAGCUAGAGUUAGGGGGAUGGUCCCCUCAAGAAGAGGGGGCGUGGGAUCAUAUAAGAGUUCAAGUAGCAAGCUAUUGAAUAAACUAGGUAGACAAAAGACGUGGAUAAAUGAGUUUGAACAUUUUAAUUCUUUGCAUGAGAUUGCAUAUUCCCCUAACAGUAUGUUGAGUAAUGAAAUCCAAAAAUAUUUAAAGACAUUGGAAAUAGACUACCAGUCCAUUUAUGAAAAAAGUACAAAGUUACUGGAUAAGAAACUGGAAGAUGUCGACAAGGAAUGGGUCGAGAAAAAUGGUUGUAUACCUGAUGUAUCAAAAGAUGAUGUGGAGAAAAAUAUAAGAAAGCAAUAUUUGGCAGAUAUACAGGACGUGAAAAACGAACAUAUACCUGUGAUGAAUUGCGAGCCUGGCAGCUCUCAGUUCAAAUAUCUUUGUAAAACUAUUGAAUUAUUAUCGUCCAACAAGACGAUUUGUUUUGCCAUUGAUGUAGAGGCAUUUGAAUUUGAUACAGAUAUUGUUACGGAGAUUGGCAUUUCCAUAUACGAUCCAAGAGAAAACAUUUAUUCUUUAACCCCGAUUAUAAGAAAUUAUCAUUUAAUUAUCGCUGAGGCGUUACCAUUAAGGAACAAAAAAUUUGUGUGCGACUUUAAAGACUGUUUUUUACUUGGGGAAAGUCUCGUAUUACCAUUGGAACAAUGUGUAGAGUUUAUUCAGUCGUUGAUUAAUUUCUAUAUGAAAUGUGAGACGGACCAAGAUACGACCUGGGAAAGAGCGUUUGUGGGUCAUGUUAUAGCGGGGGAUAUUAAGUGGCUAAAGAAAAUCGGGGUCCACGUACCUGAGCUGGAUAACGAACUUACUAAACCGGACGACUUAACGGAGAGCAAGGGAGUUAGAAAACAUGUUAAGAUGCUUGACACAGAGAAAAUUUAUAGCAUGUGUUAUGGUAAGAAGGGUAGCAGCUUAGGUAAACUACUAAGGCUGUUUCACUUACCACAUGCCUUUUUACAUAAUGCAGGUAACGAUGCAUACUAUACGUUGCUCUUGAUGCUAAAGUUAGGAGAUUAUAACUUUAGAAAGCAAAUAGGGGCUGAUGACUUAGAAACAAUGGGAUAUAGGAUAAGGGAAUGGUUUAAGCGUGAAAAGGAUGAACCAAAGAUUGUGCCAAUGUCAUACGUACUAAGUGUAAUGAAUGCUAACAACAGCAAACCAAAAGUGGAUGAUAAGACAAGAAAGAAGCCGAGGGAUCUUGUACCUCAAACGGAAUUUAGUGGAUCACAAUGGUUUCAAAAUGCACGCGCAGCGUUCAAAAGUACUCUUGUGUGA